AGGAAUUAUUUGGAACGCCGGUCACAAGAUCUGAUUUUGCGGUCAUUUCCGUCCCGUGUGGGAUACACACGUAAAUUAGAUCAUGGAUCCCAUCAAUGACGCCCGAUUUUACGAGUCGCUUAUCAAACCACCUCGACAGCGCACUCAAAAUGAUGUCCGGAACAUCUACGACCAACUGAGGCAACUCGACAUGUUCUCAAACCUAUACAAUGGCCCACUAAAGGCUAUUUGCGCGAAUGCACGUUACGAGCGUCAUGGUGCGCGACAUGUGCUAUACAGAGAAGGACAAGUGGCAACCUGUUGGUACAUCCUGCUAUCGGGCUCGGUUCUCAUCGAAAACAACAUCUGUCUACCGUAUGGGUGUUUUGGAAAGCGCAAUGGUAUGAGUUGCCGACGGACACAAGACUGUAUGUUACUGCAGGAGUCCGAAAUGAUAGUCAUCGACUAUCCGGACGUUCAACACCUCGUGCCAGCGCCGCCAACGUCGCCGCAGCUGAAGCAGAUGCGGAAAAGCGUCCACGCCAUUGACGCCGACACUCGAGCGAUGCCGCCUCCGCCGAUUCCGCCCAGACCACCGCGUCUGCCGCCGGCGCGCGCUCCCGCGCCGCCGAUUCCCCGCGGACUGCCGAGAUCCUAUCCAGUGGAGUUCCCGGUGGACGUGCCGACUACAUCCACUUUCACAUCGGUUGCUGAGAACCAUAGGAGUCAGGUGUACUUGAAUGGUUUGAUGUCCGACGAAGAUACGUUAGUCCGGGUGAAACACCGUCGAGAAAAGAGCAAUUCGAUUGGCAAUGUUGGAAAUGGCACAGCUCGUCGUUUACGCGUCAGAAGCACCGCUUCAUCAACAACCACAGAAGGCGAUGAUGCCAGUAAUAGUGCUGGAGCUGUGGAUUCAGAAGAAGAAGACGACGACGGCUCAUGUCCCUCGCAUGAAAGCUUUGUGGACCUAAAAGACUCGGUUCGUGAAUGCCUCGAAAAAGAGCCGAGCGAGCGGAACAGCGAGGAUUUAGCCGUUUUAUUGGAUUUUAUGCAACAUAUGUCUUCAUUCGCAUCUCUGCCAAUGUCUAUAAAACGACAACUGUGUCUGAAAAUGGUUUUUGCGGUGGUUAACGACGCGGGAACGGUUGUAAUGCAUCACAAUGAAAAACUCGAUGCUUGGUCAGUAAUCGUGAAUGGUCUCGUCGAAGUGGUGAAACCGAAUGGUGAACGAGUAGAAUAUAAAUUAGGCGAUUCAUUUGGUGCUGAGCCAAAUCCGGCGGUUCAAUAUCAUGUCGGUGAGAUGCGCACAAUGGUUGAUGACUGCGAAUUUGUGCUGGUUGAACAUAAGGACUUCUGCUCGAUCAUGUCUACUAUCGGAGAGCAUAUCGAAAAAGAUCGUGAUGGGCUAACCGGUGAAGUAGUAUCAGAAACUGAAAGAAGAACUGUUGGUAGUCAAGUGGGAUUGGUUUUGAUUAAGGGAAAGCCCGAUAAGCUCAUUCAACAUCUCGUUGACGAGCGUGACAGCAAUGUGGAUCCACACUAUGUAGACGAUUUCCUGCUCACCUAUCGAGUAUUCAUUCAUAACCCUACGAUAAUAUUCGAGAAGCUAAUGAUGUGGUUUGCUGACGCAGCGCUGAGGGAUAAGAUCGCUCGUAUCGUUUUACUGUGGGUGAAUAACCACUAUAACGAUUUCGAAACGAAUGAUGAGAUGACUAAGCUUCUUGAGAGGUUCGAAGGUGCAUUGGAACGUGAUGGCAUGCAUAGCCAACAAAGUUUGCUCAACAUCGCUUGUUCUGUAAAGGCAAGAUCUAGGACGGUUGUUUACGCUAGAGCUAAUAAGGACGAUCCACUACACUUUAGCAUUCAAGGUGGUAAAGAAUGCGGCUGCGGGAUUUUCAUUAAUGAGGUGCAAGUUGAUUCUCCUGCUGAAAGAUGUGGCAUAAAAAGAGGCGAUGAAGUAUUAGAUGUGAAUGGUCAAAAUAUGAAAUAUAUGUCACUUGCCAAGGCGCAGGAGAUGAUGAAGGGGAGCGUAUCACUGACUUUGACCCUGAAAAGCAACGUUCUCGGCUUCAAAGAACUGCUAGGAAGAAGUGAACGAGACGGUUCUAAAUCAGCAACCAAGAAUCGAGCUCUAGCUGGAGCAUUGACCCAAGCUCGCGGCAGCAUACCCAAUGUCAUCCCGGUCAAAACAGCCAAAGCUGUCAAAUUGGGCGAGGUGAUGGAAGUAGGUUUGGCUACGAUGCGGCGUAAGACGAGUAUGAUGGAUAAGCUGAUGACGAUUCUCAAGUCAUCAAAAGAUGGUGAAGAUCUCCCCGAUGAGGUCCGCACAAUGACGAGUCCUCUGCGACCUAGUAGAUCUAACCCGGACAUAACGUCAAUAUCUCAGUACUAUGGUCCUGUCAAAAGUGAAUGUCCAGAACAUGUGCUGAAAAUAUAUAGGAGCGACCAGACCUUCAAAUACCUAGCUGUCUAUAAGGAGACAACAGCUCAAAAUGUGGUCCAACUAGCGCUACAGGAAUUCAACAUGACAGCUGAGGGUAGCCUGGAGUGGUCGUUAUGUGAAUGUACAGUCACAGAGGACGGAGUCAUAAAACAACGACGGUUACCUCCACAAAUGGAAAAUCUUGCUGAGCGAAUCGCUUUGAAUAGUCGGUACUAUCUCAAGAACAAUAAUCGUUCUGAACCACUUGUUCCGGACGAUCUUGCACCAGAAAUCAUGCGAGAUGCACAAGCACAGUUGCUUAGUUUGAAUGCUCAGGUAGUUGCUGCACAACUCACUUUACAAGACUUCGCAGUGUUCGCGUCGAUUGAACCCACGGAGUACAUUGACAACCUUUUCCAGCUAGAGUCCAGAUAUGGAUCUCCAAGACUGGAAGAAUUUGAGCGAAUUUUCAAUCGUGAAAUGUGGUGGGUGGCUACUGAAGUUUGCUCUGAGAGGAAUGUCCAGAAACGAGCGAAACUCAUCAAGAAGUUCAUCAAGGUGGCUAGGCAUUGCCGUGAACUGCGUAAUUUCAAUUCGAUGUUUGCCAUUAUGAGCGGGUUGGAUAAGCCAGCUGUACGCCGGUUACAUUCUACUUGGGAACGAAUUUCGGGCAAGUAUGUUCGAAUGCUUGAAGAUGUCCAGCAAUUGGUAGACCCCUCAAGAAAUAUGUCGAAAUACCGUCAACAUUUGGCCGAAGUAGCACAAGAACCCCCGGUUGUGCCGAUCUAUCCCGUCAUAAAGAAGGAUUUAACGUUUUCACAUGAGGGAAACCCGACAUAUUGCGAAAAGCUGGUGAACUUCGAGAAGCUACGGCUGAUAGCAAAAUCUGUACGGGCCGUGAGCAAACUCAGCAGUGCACCUUACGAGAUCUCCAGCAUGGCGGAAAGGAGCGGUGGUACCAUUAGCGAUGCUUUGUUGCACAUGAACACUUUUGAGAGUGGGAAUGUCGCAACAAUGCGAAAAGGAGGGCGAGUUAUCCAGCCAAGGAAAAAGGUGUAUGAGCAAGCGCUGAUGGUGCGGAAGGUGAAAGCAUACUUGGAUGGACUUAGAGUGGUGGAUACCGAGUCAGAGUUGGAUCGGCUUAGCUACGACAUCGAGCCACAGCAGUCUGGUCCGCGGAUAAGACGAGUUCCCAGUCCAUCUCCAUCUUCUGUUUCAUCCCAAUCUGCCGAAUCGAACUCGCUGGACCAACGCCGCUUCAAAGGAGGCGGUAUGUUUGGCGUAGACUCUCCUCAAGCAGUGCAGAAAAUGCUUGGCUUAGUCCAAACCAGCAAAUCCAAAGGUGUACCUUCACCAGCCCAAUCUCCUGCGAUAUCUACCGGAAGCAGGGGCUUGCAAAGGAAUCUUCCACGGGUAUCCGCCAGGCAACAGUCUAUCCCAACUCUUCAACGAGCACCGUCGUUCAAGCAAGAGCCGGUUGACUUGAAUAAAGAGUCGAGUUCAGUGACUACCUUUUAUGGCGCUGAUGUGUUGAUAUAA